AUGUACAGCCACCAACCACAACAGCAGAGCAACCUCUCAAAGUCACUGCCACCGACGCCCAGUCAGCUCCACCCGUCGGCCCUACAGGAGUGCGAAGAUGUGCCAGACGACUACUUUGGCGAGUCCGAGGACGUGCCCUUGCCCUUCCCUAUCAAGACCAUCGUCGCUGAUCCUCAGACCGGACUUAGUCUGACCCUUAUCUCCGCCCUCGGUGCUGGCUCAUAUGCAGUCGUCUAUCUUGCCAAGGAGGUGGCCUCCGGUACCCUGUACGCGCUCAAGUGUCUGGGCAAGAACAAACUAACAGAGGAAGAGGUUGUCAUCCAUACGUCCUUGCCAAAGCAUCGGAACAUCAUUCAUCUGUUUAACAUGUUUGAAACCACCGAUCAUCUCUUCCUACUGCUCGAAUACUCUUCAGGAAUGGACAUGUAUCAAUGGAUCAGCAUGCGCUCAGAUAGGACGGACCCAGUCUCUGGCGAGCCUUACUCUUUCAAGUCACGCUUCGUUGUCAUUAAAACCAUCUUUGAUCAAGUCUUGGAGGGCGUCGGUCAGGUUCACUUGUGCGGCGUCGCUCAUCGAGACCUUAAGCCGGAGAACUUUCUGAUAGAGUUUGCAGAUGGUCAAUACACGGUCAAGCUUACGGACUUUGGUCUGGCAACAACCGACAAGGAGAGCGAUGAAUUUGAGUGCGGUAGCAAACCGUACAUGAGCUUCGGUAAGUCG